CACAAAGUAAGCCUUAUAUAGUAGGGCAACACAACAUAAAUAAAAUGCCUAAACUACCCUUAUUAUUAAUAGUCUAACAGUGACAACCGCUCCUAAAGUUUUAAUCCACUUUUCAUCAUCUUUUAAAUGUAGUAAUGCAGUCCUAACUUCUGUUGGGUUAGUUCUUUUGCUUUCUUAGAAGGAAAUUAUUUGAUAUUGACGUAAAUUAUUAUCUUUUUCAGGAGGUUAGAAAUGUCAUUAAGACGUCGUGAUGUUGAACAGUGGAUGAGCCAUCGGCGCUUGCCAGAAGAACUAAGAAGGCUAGUUCGACAAUCAGAACGCUAUAAUUGGGCUGCCACCAGAGGGGUAAAUGAAGAAAUGUUGUUGGAGAAUUUGCCUGAAGACCUUCAAAGAGAUAUACGACGGCACCUCUUCAAGUUUGUCAAGAAAGUCCGAAUUUUUUCCCUGAUGGAUGAACCCAUCUUAGAUGCCAUAUGUGAAAGGCUGAGGCAAAAAACAUAUAUCAAAGGAAGCAAAAUAUUAUACCUUGGUGGUCUAGUUGAUAAGAUGGUCUUUAUAGUCCGGGGGAAGAUGGAGAGCAUUGGAGAAGAUGGAAUUACAGUUCCUUUGUCUGAAGGGGAUGUUUGUGGUGAAGAACUUCUCACAUGGUGCCUUGAGCAUUCCUCCGUGUAUAGAGCUAAGCUUAAACCUAGCUGCUUGUCUACAUUGAUGUACUUUGUACUACUCUACUCAUGGUACAUAUGA